AUGUCUGAGAACUCGGACCCACGUAGAGCAUCCGUUGAUACCGUUAAGGCGACCAGACCUAUCAGCAAAAGAGCUGCACGACGGAAGGAAGCCUCGGAAAUCGAUGAUCUGGUUUCAGAUUUUGGUCUUCUUGCCGUGAAUGCUACAGCGAGAGAUUUCUAUGGCUUCACGACAGAGAUGUCUUACGCCCGCCUGAUCCGAUCAGCAAGUGCAAAGGAACCACUCCCCACAGGCUUGAUCAAAGCAUUGCCUCCAAAAUAUGCAGCAACGCCACUGAUUCAACACUACUUGAACAACAUCUUUACCCUUUGGCCUGUCUUCGAGGAGGCUACUCUUUACUCCUCCGUAGAGGCCGUCUACUCACAAGGCGACGACGCAAAACCCUGGGAUCGCUGGAGCGUGCGUAUGGUUUUAGCCAUCGCGUGUCUCUCCCAAUCUGAAUCGAGAGGUGAUACCCACUACUCCGAUGCUGUUGGCCAUAUGAAUGCAGCUCUUGAGAAUGCCGAAGAUGUACUACAUCCCGGUUACGUCUCCAGCAUCCAAGCUCUGGUACUCUGGAUCAUCUAUGCCACUAUGGACCCUCAUCAUUUCGAUAGUUGGACGCUAGUUGGCGCAGCUUCUAGAGCGAUGGUUGAUCUCGGCAUACAUCAAGAUCCUUCUAAGAAUGUUGCCAUGCCACGGCCAAAGCUAGAGAUUAGGAGAAGAGUAUAUUGGUGCGUAUACUCACUGGAUAGAUCGACAUCGCUCGUCCAGACUCGCGCCUUCUCAUUCUCGGAUGAGGCUGCGAACGUCGGCUUUCCAUUCUACAAUUCUUCCGUCUCACCCAAGUUUGCCUCGCCUACAUCUCAAGUCUUCCAGCAGUCUUUUGAUACAGCUGUUGAUCUCUUCAAGAUACGAGAAAUUCAAUCUGAGUGGUACAUGGAUCUAUUCCAGUCAGGGAGAGAGCCUUGGCAAGAGCCCUAUCAAUACAUCUGGAAGCAGUAUGCCAGAAUGUCGGAGUGGUUUCAGGACAUGCCGCAGAGUACUCUCCCUGCCGUCAAGUCAUUCUUCGAGCUUGAGCUUCUCUACAGCUACGUCUACAUUCUCUCACCAAGCCCACGGAUACCUCAUAUUCACGAGUAUGCUCAACGUUUGAUCUUCGAGCAUUGCAUCGCGUACGCUACUAAUCUACUCGCCAUACUGGACAAGCCUUCAAACACGGUCAAGCCUCCAGUAACCUUUUAUGAUGCCAUGCGCGCUUACAUGACCGGUCGUCAGUUUGUGGAUGUUUUGUCACGCAACAUGGAGAUGAUCCUGGACCCAAGGCCACCAGUAUCUCUAACGCCACUGGCUGCUCAAACAGAAUCUGAAGAUCCGCUUGCACCACCCGCGCAGGUCAGCGCACCACCCUUUCCAUCACCACUACUUCCUGAAGGACAAAUGCUGCCGUUGGACCCCACCACUCGCGCCAUCAACGCUCUCCACGACUUCACGUCAGUACUUUCCAAGUUUGGUCUAAGGUUCGGUUUCACCCACUGGCGUGAUCGCUUCCAAAGAGAGUCAGCUGCUCUCUCUGCACAACUCUACCAACGCCAACAAACAUCACCACACACUUCGCCUCCAGUACAACAGAUCCCGCCACCUGUUACCUACCCUCCACAAUGGGUACCGAUGCCAUCGAUAUCUCCGCAGGCGCCACAUUUGAUGUACCCAGGAGGUCCAACAACACCGCCAAGUCUGUUUCCGCAAUCCAGUCCUUUUGCUAGCUCGUUGUCCUAUAAUGGCACUUCGUACGAUGGAUCUGGUCACAGUCCGCAACCGCAUGGUAUGAACUUCGAUGCGAGCCCUGGCCAACAGACAUGGGCCACUCCGUCGCCUCAACCGGUACCUGAGUUGCCACAGCCUUCGGGUGGCCAGAAGAGAAGAGCAAUGGUAUAUGGUCCAGGACUCCCGGCACCGCAUCCCGGGCAGGGUCAUAGCCCUGGCGCAUCCUCAAUAUCAGGGCAGGAUAGCAGUCCCUGGCCGUCACAGGAGCAACAGCAACAAGAUCACAACGGCUACUUCCAAGCGCCGCCGUCCAUGCCGCAACAGCAUAGCAAUUCGUGGACCCAAGAUUCAUCGCAAGGAAACUGGGGAUGA